AUGGCAGGGGAUAAGAAGCCUCGUGGCAUUCGCCAUGAUCGCCACUGUUACCACUGCCGCAUGAAUGGCAUCAAGUGCGAUCUCAACCGCCCCCGAUGCCAACCAUGUCAACAGCAAGAUGUAUCCUGCCAAUAUCCCCAAAGGGUGAAAUGGAUGAGCGAGAAGACCACCCCAGCAGUGAAGACAUCACCUCAAACAUCCCCGUCAUUAUCAUUGUCCCCAUUGUCGACCAUACCAGCGGAGCAACAUGAUUCAAUUCAAGUUGGCCAGACGGAUCUACAUGCAAAUAUCCCUAUCAAUCUAUACGGCUUCAUCGACCUUCUCUCCCACUUCUACCAGGAGAUUCAAUCAAGCAAGCAGGAGCUUCCGGAAGAAGCCAUCGAACUUAUCUCACGAACACUCAGCUUCGCUCGAUCUCGCCUCCAAGGCACAGAUGACAAAGACUCAAUCCAGUCGCAUUUGACCGCGAUAUCGAAUCUAAGCAAGGUCAUCGAGUCAGCGCACCCCGUCGCCCUGUUCGGUAUCGGCACCUUCGCCAUGUUCGAGGUCUGCUGCGGCCCAUUCGGACAAUGGCACCGACAUGUCCAAGGCGCACGCUCAUUACUCGACCUACACUGCCACAACCAAACAGACAUCGAUAAUCUCACGCAACAAAUCCCCGGCCUCGCAGAUGUCCUCGCCUACCUUGUCUGGUUCGAUGUAACAGGGACCCUAGUCCGUGAAGACGGGGCUCUUAUCUUCGACGACUGGCACCGCAAUAUUCUCCACCAGUCGUUUUUCUCUUCUGUAGGUUGCCCGCCAGAUACAUACGACUUAUUCGUACACCUCGCCAAACAGGAAUCGGAAUUCGAAUCUAGAUCCAGGAAUGCCUUGAGCAUUGCAGAGCUCAGUACCAUGGCAAUGGACCAGGUUCUGCGCCUCGACUCAUCCGAUCAAACAGAUCGCGGCCUCGCAGCUGCAGUAUACCGAUAUGCAGGGGCGAUCGUUGCCUUUGCCCGUCUAUACCGACACCAUGAUCAAGAUCAAGAUCAACCCGGGCCAUGCCCCCGAGCCAUAAUUCAGAUCAAGAUCAAUUAA